AUGCGCUACUCCAUUGUCUUCGCUGCCUCUCUCGCUGCCCGCGUCUCCGGCCACGGCCUAAUCCGAUCCAUCGAGGGCGCCAAUGGAGUUUCCAUGCCAGGUUUAACUGUUGCCGACGGCACUCCCCGCGACUGUACAAACAAUCCCUGUGGCUCGCAAGCGGACACAGCCAUUAUCCGCGAUGUCCAAAUCAAACUUGGCAAAUGCGGUCCGUUGGGCCAAACCCAAGGGCAUGGCAGUGUCAAUGCCUCUGCUGUUGUCGCCAACUUCAUGGGCACCGGCGGACCGGCUCCCGUCAACAAGCGCCCCGAUGGAGCCUUGGGAACCAUUGGCGUGGUGCCAAGCGAAGACAAUAGCUUUAUGACUCCCGAGCAACGCCGCCAAGAGUACAAUCGCCAGGCUGCCGAGCUCUUCAAAGGCGAGAGCAAUGACGUGGUCAGCCCCAUGACGCCUUAUGAUGGCGCGGGCAAAAGCAAGCCCAAGAACAAGAAGCCUCCCUACGGCGUGGGAAAAGCAAAAGGCAAAGGCAAAGCCAAGGGGAAAGCCAAGGGCGUAAACAAGAAGUCCUCCAAGAUUUAUCGCAGUGAGACUUUGAAUGGCGAUAUGCGCGGCCAGGGUGCGGAAACUGGGCUUCCCACGUGUAACGACGAGGGCGUCAUCAACUUGAUCUAUCACCAGAUCAAUGAAGAUGGCGCCGGCCCUCUCGAUGCUGCCAUCGACUGCACCUCCGGCGGCUCUGAUGCCAGCGCGUUCCAGCCGGCAUCCGUCAUUCGUGACAUCCCCGGCUCUGCCGGUAUUAGCUCGAUAACGAAUACUGAUCACCCCGUCCAGGUCCAGAUGCCCGCGGGCAUGACAUGUAAUGGAGAGGUUGCCGGCGUCAAAGGCGUGUGCAUUGUUCGUGUGCGCAAUACCGCCGGCGCUGGUCCUUUUGGCGGCAGUGCCGCUUUCACGCAGAGCCAGGAGAGCCGCAAGCGUGCUAUUGCCUAUCGUCUCCAGAAGCGCAUGGAAAUUGGCAGCAGCAAGAGCCAUUAA